AUGAGGGCUCGGAAGAAGAAAGGAAAUCAGCAAAAAAAGAUGUUGCAACAAUUUAAGAUACUGAUGGAUGCAUUUAUGAGUUUUCGAUGGCUGAGACAUACAAACUUAGAAGAGGCAAAGGUUACUACAAAAGUUCAUGGAUUACAGGCAGAGCAACAUUUAACAUUCACAACUGUCGCAACAAAACAAAUGAAACAUUACGCACUAUCAACAACUCGCGAUAGUCAUGUAAUGGCUCAAAAUUCGCCUCCCAUCUACUACAAAUGGAUGGACAUCUAUCAUACCAUUAUCAGAAACGGACGCGGAGGACCGUUCGAGAUGAUAGCUCAAAACACUGCUGUUGAGGUUGAUCUUCCUGAAGAUAUCAAGGAAUAUCUUCAUUGUUUGCUCAGUGGAAAUAUUAAAAAUGCAUUGUCAGAAGUAGAAAAAACACUUGAUGAGAGACGGCCAUUGAUGUUAUGA